AUGACGAUUGAGGAUCUUGAAGUUGAUUUGGUGGUGCAGGGUCGACAGCGCUUUAUGCGGUUUACCAGCAGGCGUCGAUCUCCAGAGCUCAAAGGGCCACCCCUGACGCCGGAGGAGCACCGGGCACCCCGUCAUGAACGGAAAAAAUUUUCUCAGACUCCAGGAGCAAAUGCGUACAACAUUGCAUCUCCACUUUUAUCAAAGGUGGAUUAUCACUUGGGGAACAGCAGUAUGUUCCAGCCUCCCCUUGCCAUGAAAGUGGAUGAUCUCAAAAAUGCAACACCUGGUCCCAAUGAAUAUAAUAUUUCUAAUGUUUACCUUGGGAAAGCUAACAAUGUCUCUGCAGAAUCAGCAUUUUUAUCCAAAACCAGCAGGAACAUGAUCCCAACAGGCACUCUGAAGGGACCCUCCCCUUGUCAAUACAGUGUCAACCAUUCUUUGACAAAGGAGUCAUCAAAGUCCAUAGUCUCUUCUUUUAGAUCCAAGACAACCCGCCUGAAAUAUCCAAAUGAAACAAGCCCAGGACCAGCAACCUAUGAACCAUAUAAACCAAUGGGACAAGAGAGGAUGCAAUUCGUACAUUUGCAUCCUUGGAAGAAACAUUACUUGUGUAUUUCUGCUCCUCCCUUCCCAGUACGCAAAAACCCGACUCCUCCUGGUCCCGGCUAUUAUGACGUUGUUGAUUUUCAUGAUCCACCCAAGCACUAUAUGUCCAAUGCUGUGUUUGUAUCUAACACUAGCCGCUGGACUGGAAAUGUGCAAAACAAAGAUGCUCCAGGGCCAGAAGCAUCAGCGGCGCAGGGCCUGGACCUGAAGCAGCAGGAGCCCCUCUGA